AUGGCAUCUUCGACCCCGAGGACAUACGAAUGGCUGGUGGUGGUCCCUGACAAGCCGGGCGCUCUCGCGAAGCGACUUGAAGUUCGACCCCAACAUUUCGAGGGCCUGACCAAGCUGAAGGAGUCAGGCGCAUUCAAGAUGGGAGGUGCCGUGUUGGAAGAGAUGCCGCCGGAUGACGAGGUCUCGAGCAUGAAGUUCAGCGGAUCCACCCUCAUGGUUGUGGCGGAGAGCAAGCAGGCGGUCAUUGACCUGAUCAAGGACGACAUCUACGUCAAGUCCGGCGUCUGGGACCUGGAGAAGGCCCAGAUCUGGCCCGCCAAGAUCGCCUUCAGGUUCCCUUAG